AUGUCUGGACAAAUCCCAGCUCUCCCAGAAUCCUUUGCUCCAGGAAUAGACGGCGUGUUCUCAGACCGCAUUGGCUUCUACUCUCUGGACUCCAACGUCCCUGGCCUGUCCAAGGUCAUUCUCAACAAACUCAACAUGAAGGAUUAUGGGGAAUACAGGGCAGCUAUUGAAGGAAAGACUAAGGGAGGGGCGUUCCGUAACUACAAGGAGAUGUUCCAGAAAAUGGAGGAGACGUUUAAAUUCUGUGCCAGCUGCAACAAGCUUCCAGAGCACCUGUCAGAGGGCCAGACACUCAAGCGUUGUGUGAAGUGUCUGAAUGUAUACUACUGCACAAAGGAGUGUCAGAAGAAGGACUGGCCCCAGCAUAAGAUGUUCUGUAAGAAACUGCGUCUAGUGGCAGUUGAUCGGCUGGUGGAGUGGCUUAUGUUCACAGGAGAUCUCCCAUUCACCACAGAGAAGUGGUCCCUGCCAGCAGCAGAGGUGAAGGGCUGGGACAACUGGCUUGCCAUGCAAGGCGACCUAACCCCCCGUUUAGACGCCAUCUUGUCUAGCACAAAUAUGGGAGCGCUUUGGAAAAAUGUCUCUAGGCCACAACCAGAAGAUGCUGACCUGAGAGAGUCUGUAUGGCGAGUUGAGAGCGAGUUCCUGUCUCGGGCCCUUUCUGUUGGCAUGGCGAUAAGACUCUUUGGCCUAGAUCCUUACUUCAAACCACUCACCAUCCAUCUAGCAGGGGCCGGCCUAAAUGAGACGAUGGGAGCCCGAUUGACAGACUUUGAUGAACUGGACAAAAUGUUUCCUGGACACAAGGGUCUGGAGGUGGUCAUGGUGGGGCCAGAGGUGGUGGACGGGCCAAUCAUGCGGCCCCCUCUGACGAAUUUUGGCCCCAAGACGAAGACCUUCAUCAGUGCCUACAAGGGCCUCUACCACCAGUUCUAUGAGGAUAUGGUGGAGACCGAGAAAGCAGCUAAGCCAGAUCUGGUGGUUGGAUUCCAUCCAGGGUUUCAUGCCACACAGGGUCUGGGAGAAGGCUGGCUGCCCAGCCUCCUCCUCCUCAGAGACUUCAACAUCCCCUCAUUCUUCACCAUGUUCAAUGAGAUGGAACUGAACUAUUCCCUGCAAAUUCUGUCGGAGUUGGAAAUGCAUAUCAAGGGCAGUGGCCCCAACCCCUUUUCAUCCCAGAAGCCAGAGCAGGUCCAGGCCUGUCCCAACAAACCACCUUCAUACUGCAACUCCCACUUCCUCUAUUUUCAGGGCCUACUGGAGCAAGAAGAGCUUGAGCAACCGGACAAUUCUAGAACUUAUUGGAAGGUUUAAAAAGUAUAAAAUGAAUAGCCUCUAGUCUAGGGUUUGCCACAUCAGCAUCCUAUAUUGUUCAAAUGGAUGCUUUUAGUGUUGCUUAUAUGCAUAAGCAUAAUGCAUUAUGGUGUUGCUCUCCUUUGUAUUUCUUGUGUAUGAUGAAGCUAUAUACAUUUAUGCUG